AUGUUUGAUAUUCUCGAGGCAGAUAUUGUCGUUUUUCAGGAGACCAAGAUUCAACGAAAAGAUCUCCGCGAUGACAUGGUGCUAGUAGCUGGCUGGGACUGCUACUUCAGUUUACCAAAAACCAAGAAAGGAUACUCCGGAGUUGUGAUAUACACUCGAAAUGCGACAUGCUGUCCCAUCCGCGCAGAGGAAGGACUUGCGGGAGUUCUCUGUCCGCCCAAUUCGUCAGUGUCUUUUCGAGACCUGCCUGAAGACCAACAAAUAGGAGGCUAUCCAACCAUUGAGCAGUUAUCAGAACUAGAGGUUGAUGCAGCUACCCUGGACUCGGAAGGUCGUUGCGUCAUUCUAGAGUUUCCUGCAUUCGUUCUACUUGGAAUUUAUUCACCAGCCAAUCGCGACGAAUCACGGGACGAUUUCCGCCAUAGCUUCAUUGACCUGAUGGAUGCUCGCAUCCGAAACCUGGUUGCGAUGGGAAAGAGAGUCUUUGUCACAGGAGACCUUAACAUUGCGAAAGGGGAAAUUGAUGCAGCUCAUGCUACCGAGGCCAUCAAGAAGGGAAAAAUGACAGAGGACGAGUUUAUAUCUGCUCCGGCACGGCGCGUCUUCAAUCAACUGCUUUCUGACGGCAGAGUAAUUGGCCAGCGCGAUGAAGGGAGGGAGAAUCCUGUUUUAUUUGAUGUCUGUCGGUCGUUUCAUCCCGGUCGAAGGGGAAUGUACACUUGUUGGGAGCAAAGAAUCAACGCUCGACCCGGGAAUUAUGGCGCGAGGAUAGACUACGUCCUGUGUAGCCUGGAUAUGCAAGAUUGGUUCAGCGAUUCGAAUAUCCAAGAGGGCCUAAUAGGAUCCGAUCAUUGCCCAGUUUAUGCGGUCUUCAAGGACGUCGUACGUCUUGGUGAAGAAGAGGUCAACAUUCUCGACAUAAUGAACCCUUCCGGGAUGUUCAAAGAUGGCAAGCGUCUGCAGGAAUACUCUACUAAAUACCUUCUACCUACGUCGGGACGCUUGAUACCGGAAUUCGACAAGCGGAGAAGCAUCAAGGACAUGUUCUCGCGUAAGCCAUCAACCAACGUACAAACACCAACAACGAAUGCCCCGACGUUGAGACGCUUUGCCUCUGCCCAGGAAACGGAAACGUCAACCGCUAUUUCGGAGAGCGCUGCCAGCCGGUCCGCAGCAGUUUCUGAUAGCACUCAAACGAAACAAAUCGUUCGUAAGAGGUCUCAGAAAAGUGAGACUGGUUCCCCUGUCUCUGUCAAGCGUUCGAAAUCCGGCUCAGCUCAACCAUCAACACCUUCCACUGUUGGACAGAGGACUCUAAAGGGGUUCUUCAAACCUAAACGUGAUCCGGCCGACCAAGCGACCAUAGCCCAGGAUUCUGCAUCGGUGUCUACUUUACCAACGAAACAAUCAGCCGCGUCCCCUACGAAAUCCACCACAGUUACGGAACCUGCUGCAUUGGAAGCAUUACCGGCGGCUCCCGCGGGUGAAGUUUCACGGAAUGAACAGCCAAAUCCCGCGACUCCUACCACUCCCGCUUCGUCCCAAAACGAUGAUACAGUGAUCGACCCCAUUGUCAGCAAGGAGGAUUGGUCAAAGCUCUUUACUAAAAAGCCUGUUCCCAGGUGCGAGAGUCACCAGGAACCAUGCAUCAGUCUGACAACUAAAAAACCUGGCAUCAACUGCGGAAGGUCGUUCUGGAUCUGUCCGAGGCCACUUGGGCCCAGCGGAAACAAGGAAAAGGGGACGCAGUGGCGAUGUCCUACAUUUAUAUGGGCCAGCGAUUGGAACCCUUCCGCUCCGUAG